AUGCCUAAAAAAAUCAAUAACCUCCAUGGUAUUUACAAAAGGACAAAUCUUUCGAAACUGCUGAAAUCAGGAAGAAAUUUUCGAUAUCGUGAUAGUCAUCGAUCAUCAAGAAUCAAUUCAUUACUAAAUACAUCUCAACAGUCACCAUCAACACAAAAUCAAUCCGACCCAUUAAUAUCAUCUCAAUAUUUAUUCAUGAACAUCGAUGAAGAAGAACAAGAUAAUACUGGUGAAGUAGCUGAACAAUCUUCAACAAAAAAGAUUAAACUUAUUCAUGAAUUACAACAAGUAGAUGAAAAUAAAUUGAAUGAAUCAUUAAUAGAUGCAGAUCAGAUUGUUAAUGUCGAAGAUGGUCAUGAUGAUAAUAAUGAGGAUGAUAAUGAUUAUGUUGAUGAUGAUGUUGAUGGAUUUGAAGAUGAUUCUGAUAAAAAUAAGGAUGAUAAUAAUGAUUAUGUUGAUAAUGAUGUGGAUCGAUUUGAAGACAAUUUUGAUGACGAUUUUGAUGACGAGCUUGAUAGAAAUGUUUUGAAAGAUGAAGAUAGUCUCGUAGAUCAAAUCAGCGUGAACGCUGAAUAUUUCGAAAAAACGUUUUCUACUCGUGAUAUUGCUGUUAUUUUAUGCUUGAUCAAACGACGACAUAAAUGCUCAAAUGAAUUGAUUAUUGAUGUUAUUAGUUUAUUGAAUAAAACUGUUUCGAAUAAUUCACUGAUACCAAAAUCUAUUUAUGAUAUUCGAAGAUUAUUAAACAUCAAUUCAGAUCAAACGAAAGGAAGUAAAAACCAAGUAAAAACUGUUACUAUAUGUCAAAUAUGUGAAACAGUUCAAAUGUCAAAUAAGAAAUGCUUGAAUGAAUCGUGCAACGUUCGAGAAAAUUAUUUACGAUUACCUUAUAUUUAUACUUGGUUCAGUAUUCGACAGCAGCUCGAAGAAAUACUUCAGAGAGAGAAAAAUAUGAUAUCUGCACCAAGUUCAGAUACAAUCAUGAGAUCAGCGAUAUUAAAAAAUAUUAUCGAUGGUCGUUUAUAUAAACAUGUAAUACCUGAUGGUGUUCAACUUGCAUCUAAUUCAGCCAAAUCAUUAUGGUUAGUUACUAUGACAAUAAAUGAAAUUGAUACUAAACAUAGGUUUUUCUUAAAUAAUUUAAUAAUUUGUGGUGUUAAUUCAUGUUACAAGAAACCAACACGAAAGAUUAUGAAUUUAAUGAUCGAACCAAUCGUACAACAAUUGGAAAUUUUGGAACAAGGAGGGGUUUGUGAAAUUGCUGGUAAAAUUAGUAUGUACAAAGCUUUUUUACUCGGUUCCAUCAACGACAAACCAGCCAAUUCGUUAUUACAAAAUAUUCCUGAGCCGAAUGCCGCGUUUGGCUGUUCGAAAUGCGAACUUCAAGGUAUAACAGUACGAUCUAAUACAGUUUUAGUAGCAAAAACAAAACAAGCAAAACAUAUUACGAAUAAUAAAAAACUAACUAACUGUAUUAGAGUAUUUCCAACUUCUUUCAAAUGUACUUCAGUUCGUUUACGUUCAAGUGAAAAUUAUAAAAAAACUUUACAUGAACUUGAUACACAAAGAUUGAAAAAUCCAAAUUUAUCCAACGAACAAUUAUACACAUUGAAGAAAGGUUAUCUAGGACCCUGUAGUUUAACGCGUUUACGUUAUUUCGAUCAUGGACAAAGUUUUCUUUCUGAUACUUUACACACUGUCUAUGGAGGCGCGAUGAAACGCUUGCUAAGAAUUUUCUUUGAAAACAAAUUUCGUACAGAAGAAAAAAGUUGGACCAUUCAAUCGAAUAUGGAGAAGAUAAAUCAACGACUUCAACAAUAUAUAACACCUUCAUCAACUGUUCGUCUUCCGAGAAAUAUCAAUUUGUAUCAUCGUUAUAAAGCUAGUGAAUUUCGUUCAAUUUUAUUGGUUUACUACAUGAUCUUCAAGGAUAUCCUACCCGAACGUUAUUAUACACAUUUGAAACAAUUAGUUUUUGCCAUGCAUAUUGGAGAGAAUAGACAAAUACCUCAAGAUAAAUUAGACGAGAUGCACGUAUUACUUCAAUAUCAUGUGAAUCAAUUUAAAAUUUUAUAUGGCACGAGACAUAUGGUGAAUAACAUUCAUUCGUUAAUUCAUUUAGCAGAAACCGUUCGGGACUAUGGUCCACUUCAGGGAUAUUCAACUUUCAAUUACGAGUCCAUAUUAGGUGGUAUUACUUCAACUGUUAACGGAACGAAGAAUCAAGAGAAAGAAAUAUACAACAAUCUGCAAAUGCUAAAAGAAUCGAGCUACUUGGCAACAAUUAGCCAAAAUUCCAUUUUAUACGAGUUAAUGAUUAAAUUUUUAGGCAUCAAAUAUUACGUGGAAAAGCAAAAAGAUAAUUUUUUAAUAUUAAAAAAACGAAUCAACGAAACUACUAAUGAAAUAACAGCUUGUCAUGUUGAUGAAUCAGAAAAUGUUCCUAUUACCUUAUUCAAUCGCUGUAUAUAUAAGAAUGUUCAAUAUGAUUCUUACAAUAUUAAUAAAAAAAAAGAUUGUGCAAUACUUUACAAUGAUAUUGAAAACAAUAAAUUACAGUACGCGCUUAUUGACAAGUUCAUACAAUACAAAAAUGCAGACAAUUCUAUAUUGUUUCAAGUCAAUGAUGUAAUCAAUUGGCAUUACGAUUUUCUUUUUAUUGGAACCAUGAAAUUUGAAUGUGAAAAUGUCUCAAUAGGUGAAUUAAGUAAAUGCACAAAACUUAUUCAUCCUUCAACUGUAGUCGAAAAGGUAUUUUCACUUGUUAAUGCUAAUGAAGUUACUGUUAUUCGAUUGCCAAAUCUAACUGAAAGUAGCUAA